GCAUGUCUCAAUUUACUUUUCGGAGUAAGUGUUAUGUAAUAUUACAUAUAUUAUUUACCUUCUGUCAGGGUUGCUAAAAUCUAUGUCUUUUAUGUUUUGUCAUCUAUUACUCUUGUAAGUAAUUGAUCUGUUAGGUAAAUUGUGUAGGUGAAAAAGUAGGAUUUUAUUAGAUUGCUCAAAGCUAGCUAUCCUUUGUGUUCAGAUUAAGUAUAGUCCGAGUUUCUAUCACCUCUAAUGUGUUGUCAAAUUGUUAUGUAAUCAAUUAGCCAUCAUCAUGCGCGCUUCGUAUGAACACAUGUGCGCUGGUGACUUUUACACCCCUAAACAAAAGAAUAAUUUAAAGAAAGAAUUUCAUUGGUUAAUUCUUACAAAAUCGCAUUUUCGGCAAACUGGGUACGCGUCCCCGUGUCGGUCACUUUUCCAUAUUGAAUAAAACCGCACGGACGUAAAACCUUAUUAAUCUUCAUUUUUCAUCUAUAUUCAGGACUUCUCCUUAUCAUUUGAUAAGAAGCGCCAUUGGCCAAAAAGAAGGGAAGAUCACUGGUGGAAGAUUACGGUUCGUCUCAACACCUCUCACAACAGCAACAGCGAGUAUUCCCCUACUACUAAGUUGUUCAUUCCAUCCGAGAGCUAUGCCAGUAACAGGAACUCCAUCCAACACGGUGGUCAACAACCGUGUGACGAAGGAAAGACUUGAAGAGGCAGUUGCGGAAUUGAAUACCAAUAUUCAAGCAAAGGAAAGGCAACUACAAGCAAAAGACCAACAGCUGAACGACAGAAAUGAGUAUAUCCUGCAGCUAGAGGAGCAAUUACAAAGGGCAGAAGCAAGACGCUCCAGGGACAACGAACAACCAGCCCGCAUUCAAACAGUCAAUAUUGAGAAUGAAGAUGACAGACAUCCCCCACCUCCACCUCCUCCUCCUCCUCAACCCCGUCCAGCCAACCCGCUAUACCAAGAGGAAGCUAUGAUUCCCAGGAUCCCAGCACCACAACUACCUAAGUUUGAUGGAAGAGGAUCAGCCACAGAAUGGUGGAUGUCGUUCAUGGCCUUCAUUUCAUUCACCAACAUCCCGGUCGUGAGAGCCAUCCAAAUGUUGCAUUUCUACUUCACUGGGAUUUCCCUACAAUGGUUUACAUUCCUGGAUCCCGUGAAGAAAACAUCGUUGGAAAUGUUCAAACAGGCCUUUUUCGAUCGGUUCAAACCAUCCUCUCCCAUCAACAAAGACCUUCUGAGGAUUCAACAGCAACCAGGAGAAGGCGUGGAAGAAUAUUUAUACAGAGUGAGAAAAUUGGCCACAGAUUCCACCAUGGAUGAAUUGGCAGUGACGGAGUUAGCCAAGGAUGGACUGCAUCAAAGACUCCGUGAACUUGUGGUACCUCAGCGACCAACAACGUUGGACCAGCUAAGGGAGCAAGCCAUCCUGGCAGAGGAUGCAGUGGAUUUGAAGCGAUCAACAUCCAACCAAAUUCCCAGUGCAGACUCGCAAACAAAAGGAACUGUGGAUACCGCACUAGUGGCAGCCAUACAAGCAGCAAUGAUGAACAUUAUGCCAGCCACUGUGAGUCAACACAGACAGGAUGAGGAAGUUAAUGCAGUAUACAGUCCUCGCCCCCACCAUCAGCGGUCCAGCAGAAAUCAAUGGCCCAGACGAAGAGGUCCCUGCCUGCGAUGUGGUGGUAAGUCCUGUUUUGAUAAGACUCACUGUCCUGGUUUUAAUUCUCAAUGUUCAUUUUGUGGAAAUGUUGGUCAUCUAACUCAAGUAUGUCACCUGAGAUUACUAGAAAAUGCUACCCAAUUUCAAAAAUCAACAUAGGGAUUCGA